AAUGAGUAAGAAGAAGAGAGGGUUGAAGGUUGAGGAUUUUGUGGAGUUCUUCAACUAUGUGUUGGAAGAGAAGCCAUUUGUUCCUGUUUUGAUUCCUCUGGUUUUGCUUCUUUGGGCUAUUGAGAGAUGGGUCUUCUCCUUCUCCAACUGGGUCCCACUUGCGGCGGCUGUUUGGGCAACUGUUCAGUAUGGGAACUAUCAGCGUCGAAUCAUAGUUGAAGAUUUGAACAAGAAGUGGAAGAGAGUGAUACUUAACACCUCGCCCAUAACGCCAUUGGAGCCCUGCGAGUGGCUGAAUAAGCUGUUGAUGGAAGUAUGGCCCAACUAUAUUAACCCAAAGCUUUCAUUGAGGUUUUCAUCGAUUGUUGAGAAACGGCUGAAGCACAGAAAAUCAAGGCUUAUAGAAAGAAUUGAAUUGCAAGAGUUUUCACUGGGUUCAAGCCCUCCAAGCUUGGGCCUUCAUGGGACACGUUGGUCAACAUCAGGUGAUCAGCGAAUCAUGCGCUUGGGUUUUGACUGGGACACAACUGAUAUGAGUAUUUUGUUGCUUGCCAAGCUUGCCAAACCAUUUAUGGGGACUGCACGGAUUGUUAUAAAUAGCCUUCACAUCAAGGGAGAUCUUCUCCUGAUGCCAGUUUUGAAUGGGAGAUCGAUUUUGUACUCAUUUCUGUCAGUUCCUGAUGUGAGGAUAGGAGUUGCAUUUGGUAGUGGUGGAAGCCAAUCACUACCUGCUACAGAGCUUCCUGGCGUUUCUUCUUGGCUGGUUAAAAUUCUUACUGACACCUUGGUUAAGACAAUGGUUGAACCUCGCCGCCGUUGUUACUCUAUGCCAGCAGUAAGUCUGAGGAAAAAGGCGGUAGGAGGUAUUAUAUAUGUGACAGUCGUUUCAGCCAGUAAACUUUCUAGGAAUGGCUUGAGAUUAAGCCCAUCCAGAAGGCAAUUUGAUAGAACUUCAGAAGAGCAUUUUGUUGAUAGAGAUCUGCAGACGUUUGUGGAGGUUGAGCUUGGGCAGUUAACGAGAAGAACAGAUUUGAAGUUUGGCUCAAAUCCUAGAUGGAAUUCAAAAUUUAAUAUGGUGUUACAUGAAGAAGCCGGUACUCUUCGAUUUAAUCUUUAUGAAUGCACACCAAACAAUGUGAAGUACGACUAUCUGGCGAGUUGUGAAGUUAAGGUGAAGUAUGUUGAGGAUGAUUCUACCAUUUUUUGGGCGAUAGGACCUGACUCUGGUGUAAUAGCCAAACAUGCUGCAUUCUGUGGAAAUGAAGUUGAAAUAAUUGUUCCAUUUGAGGGGGUACACUCUGGAGAGUUGACGGUGAAGCUCGUCCUUAAAGAAUGGCAAUUUUCUGAUGGUUCACACGUCUUGGACAACUUUAUCUCACAAAAUUCGCUUUUUGGGUCAUCAAAUUUUCUGCCAAGAACCGGAAGGAAAGUUAACAUAACUGUUGUGGAAGGAAAGGAUCUUAUUGCAAAAGACAGAUCUGGAAAGUGUGCUCCAUAUGUUAAAUUGCAGUAUGGAAAGAUUCUCCAAAGAACAAGGACUGCUCAUGCUUUGAGUCCUCUUUGGAAUCAGAAGUUUGAAUUCGAUGAGAUAGGUGGAGGUGAAUUACUGAUGGUAAAAUGCUACAGUGAAGAUACCUUCGGUGAUGACAGCAUUGGUAGUGCACGAGUUAAUUUGGAGGGACUGGUCGAGGGAUCAGUCAGGGAUGUUUGGGUCCCUCUAGAAAAAGUGAAUUCUGGAGAACUCAGGCUUCAAAUAGAAGCAGUCAGAGCUGAAGGCUCUGAUGGAUCAAGGGGUUCGACUAUGCAUUCAAAUAAUGGAUGGCUUGAACUUGUUCUCCUUGAAGCAAAAGACCUUAUUGCUGCUGAUAUCAGAGGGACAAGCGAUCCAUACGUGAGGGUUCAGUAUGGAAACUUGAAGAAAAGAACAAAGGUUAUGUUUAAAACACUGAAUCCCCACUGGAAUCAGACCUUGGAAUUCCCUGAUGAUGGAAGCCCCUUAGAGUUGCAUGUAAAAGACCACAAUGCUUUAUUACCAACAUCAAGCAUUGGUGAUUGUGUUGUUGAAUAUCAGAGACUGCCUCCUAACCAGAUGUCAGAUAAGUGGAUACCCCUUCAAGGUGUGAAGAGGGGAGAGAUCCAUAUUCGGAUCACAAGAAAAGUCCCAGACUUAGAGAAAAAAUCAAGCUUGGAGUCUAAUCCGUCCAUAAACAGAGCACACAGAAUCUCUUGCGAGAUGAAACAAACGAUGAUGAAGUUUCAGAGUCUAAUUGAGGAUGGGAAUCUUGAAGGACUGUCUACAGCUAUGUCUGAGUUAGAAAGCCUCGAAGAUACGCAAGAAGAGUACAUGGUUCAGCUUGAGACUGAGCAAGCACUUCUUCUUAACAAGAUAAAGGAGCUUGGUCAGGAAAUGUUCGAUUCGUCUCCUUCCCUGAGCAGAAGAUCUUCUGGAGUCUAAGCCCUUUUCAAUUUUGAGUUUUAUCUAUAAUGGGUUUGUUUUGGGUGUUUAUAUAUGACAUGAAAACCUUUACAGGUAUAGAGUAUGUACAUUUGAGUCCUAUACAGUUCAGGUCACCAUCUUGCUGCAUAACUGUAUAUGGGUCAUAGAUGCCUGAUCAACUUUCUGCAGCAAAUGUAGUCCUUUAAUUAGAUUCUUAGCUUUUUGAGAAAUCAAGUGCUACUUAGAGUAAUCUGUAUGUUCUGAAAUCUGGU